UCAGUUUUUCAGUGGAACGUGUAAAUUUGGACGUGUAUAUUCCAACGGCUAUAUUUUCAAACGGCUAUAUUUUCAACGGCUAUAUUUUCAACGGUCGUAUUUCUCUAUAUAAACCACCCCUACCAUCUUUCUUCUAGCACUUCUAUCUGUGACUUCUCUUCUCACCUAGAUUUCUCUAUCGUCUCUCACGCAACACAAUGAACACAUCCACUUUGGACAUGAGUUCUUCGUCAUCUUCAUCUGGCGACGAUGAACUCAUACUUGCAGCAUUCGCCGAGCGCGAGGAGGAAGAGAGGAUGAACGCUCGACGCCAUGGCGGUUCCAAGCAUGGACGUCAAACAAUCAAUCGAGGAAGAGAUGCCGGAUUUGUUCUUCUGUGGGACGACUACUUCAAAGAAGUUCCUCGCUAUCCCGAACAUUUGUUUCGACGAAGGUUCGUAAUUACUACACUUCUCUGCUUUAGCCCUUUUUUCAUUUCCCUGUCUCAUUUACUUUUUAUGCACAAAUUUAGGAUGUCCCGUAAUUUGUUCAAACGCAUAGCCGAUAGUAUACUUGAGCAUGAUUAUGAUGGUUAUUUUACUCAAAAAAGAAGUGCUUCUGGAGCUCUUGGGUUACAUCCUCUGCAAAAGAUGACCGCAGCAAUGCGGAUGCUAACAUAUGGAAUAGCAGCUGAUGGUGCUGAUGAGUACAUCCGGUCCGCUGAGGCUACUAAUUUAGAGUCUUGCAAGAAAUUUGUGAUCAAAGUUUAUGAAGUUUUUGGGGAAAGGUACCUGAGAUCUCCAAAUGAAGAAGACAUUGCCAGGUUACUUGCAAUAGGGGAGGAAAGAGGAUUUCCUGCUGAAGGCCAAACUCCUCCAGUGAAUUAUAGCAUCAAUGGCCAUCAGUACACAAUGGGGUAUUAUCUUGCAGAUGGUAUCUAUCCACGGUGGGCAACAUUUGUGAAGAGCAUACCAGCUCCAGAUACCAGAAAACAUAAAACUUUUGCCAAGAGGCAAGAGGGGGCUAGGAAAGAUGUGGAACGAGCCUUUGGAGUUCUUCAAUCCCGUUUUGCCAUUGUUCGUGGACCUGCUAAAGGAUGGAAACGUAAAGAAAUCGGUGAUGUCAUGAAAGCUUGUGUCAUAAUGCACAAUAUGAUAGUUGAAGAGGAGCGACAAACUGGUCGGCAAAGCUGCACUUUUGAGGCAAUGGGAGAAAGAGUCACGGUCUCUCGUACUCAUGCGGAACAACUGAGCUCUUUUAUUCAGAUGACUCACUGGAUUAGAAAUCAAGGUGAACAUGAUCAGCUUAAACUUGAUCUAAUUGACCAUGUGUGGCAAAAAUUUGGAAACGAGUGA